AUGUCGUCCAAUCGGAUCCUACACUCCGAUGACCCAACCAAAUUCAUCUUGUUAGCCCUCGAUCGAACAUUUCGAUUUCCAGAUCAUCCUCCGAGGACUACGACGGAAUACCUCAAUCGCAUGUUCAAGGCCGGCGUCUUCCUGAAUGGGGUCCAGUAUCGCUUCUACCAUCACAGCAACAGCCAACUGCGAGGUCGUUCCUGCUUUCUCCGCGAAGCCAACUCGGACAAGGAACUCGACGACCGGAUCUAUGCCCUGGGAGACUUUAGCCGAAUCAACAAUAUCGCAAAACGGGCCAAACGAAUUGGCCUAUUGUUCUCGUCUGCUGAAGUGGAUUUCAACCUGGACCCCACGUUCGUCGAGGACAUUGGAGACAUAGAGAUUGGCGGCGAGGUCUUUUCUGAUGGAUGUGGUCUCAUCAGCAAAUCUCUCACAAAGCAAAUCGCCAAGGCGAAGAAGUUGAUGUUCCGGGGCAUCAGGUACACUCCUGUUGUCAUUCAGAUCCGCUAUGAAGGGUAUAAAGGAGUGUUGAUGUUACAUCCCGACCUCGAUGAACGCAAUCGCCAACGUGAACCUGGCACUCCGCCAUGCUAUGCCCAAUUUCGAAAAAGCAUGAAGAAAUUCAAAGCAACUUCAGAUCACAGUUUCUCCGUGGUCGGGUAUUCAAAACCUUACUCGUUUGGACGUCUCAACAACGACAUUAUAACGCUCAUUCAUUCCCUAGGCGUCACCAAGGAGAAGCUCGUCGCGAAACAACAGGAAUACUUCGAUUGGAUCGCCAGUAUCACCCAACUUGAUACCGACCCGACUGCGGCACUGGACUUCCUCUCGUGCACCGAUAAGUACGCAGAAGCCGAGGCCAUCUUCUUACACGAUGCGGAAGAGAGAUCUAAAAUCUUGAACGAUCUUCGUGAUUGUUUAAAGCUUCGCGCAGUUGACCAUCCGCAGUUGUCGCAUCUCGUGGACUGCCUCGUGUUCGCAUCUGCGGUAAGACGCCCCGGUAGUAAGCCUGCUCCAUCGCUGAGCAGUGGCGGCGAUCUCGAUGGGGACGAGUUUUUCGUCUGCUGGGAUCAAGACUUGGUUCCCCCGAGGGUAUCUGAACCCUACGAUUAUCCACCCAACAAAGAGCCAAGGCCCAAAGCGGUCACACGGGCAGACCUUGCCAAUCACUUCGCAUCCUACACCUCGUCUGGUGUGGCGAAGGUGUCAGCCCUCCACAACAAAUGGGCCAUUAGUAGUCCCCUCGGUGCCCUGUGUGUCGAGUGUCAGGAGCUGAACGCUCUUCAUUCACAGUCCGUCGACGGCGCACCGAUCAAGAUCCCCGAACGAUUGCAAAACCCACCCGAGCCCGACCCCAAUAACCCAUUCAUCAUCGACGUGCUCAAGGAACAUGAAGAAAAAUUCGAAGCUGAAUUCCGAGCCUCGCCCCAGGUCAACCCUCAAGACCUUGUCGAGCUUGAUGCAGAGCACGCCCAGCAGCACAUCGAGCAGCUCUUCAAAAGCAACCAGAAGGCACUGUCCGAGUUUGAGCUUUUCGAGCUCGCCCUCCGCUUUUCUCGGAAGCACGGCGUCGACAUACGGCCGUUCUUGACACAGAUCGACAUUUCAGCUUUGACGUCGAUGCAGAAGGCUACUAUCAAAUCUGUGUUGGACCUGUCGCGAAUUGAAUACCCCUACCUAUGGAACUCCCUCUUCCAGUCUGACAUUUUGUCGUCCAGCGACCUCAGGAUACAAAAUCUCGACUCGUCAAUAUCCCUUCAGAAGCUUUACAGCUCGAGGUCGAAUAGCCAGGCGACAUUUUUCGAGUACCUGCGAAAGGCCACUCAGGAUUAUACCCGAAAGUUACUCUUACUUCGACUCUAUGAUCGGCAUAUCGGCGAUACAUUUGUCUUUCUUCAGCGCUCCCCCACUGAGCACCAAACGGAUGUUGUUAUGAGUGUUGCGCUGCAAAAAUUCUCCCAGACGCUCAGGAGGCAACUUGGGCGAGUGAAUCGAACCCCAUUGGUCACUAUCGAGCUUCACGUUGUAUCGAACCAUGAUCGCGUGGCUCAUCAGCUCUUUGAUUUAUGGUAUGACCAUGUCCCUACGGAGGAGUACAUUCCCCGCUUCGUUCGCAAGAGUGUACCGUACCGUGCCAAUGAUCUUCGUGACGUGGAAUGGACACCACCCAGACCCUCAGACCCAGACUUGGAGGAGGAAGAGCAGGCGGCAGCCCAAAGGAAAUGGCUGGAACUCACAAGAGUCCUCGAAAUUGUGAAAUCCAUCGUUUACCCAUACCCUCAAGAUAUGCAUGGGGUGAAGCCCAACAAAUCGCGUCGACAGCAUUCGGAAGUCUCGAUUCAGCAAUGUCUGGUGAACGUCACCCCAGAGCAGCUCGACUUCAUCAUGAGUUUCCUCGUGAAAUAUCAUGCAGAGGAGGAGCUCUACCUCGUUUUCGGCCACGUCAUCUCAGGCGAAUCCAUGGACCAGGAGUUUGUCGGCAAAUGGAUUGACCACUACCCGCCAUUGGUGUUCACGUUACUGAGGACCCACCCUCCGACAGACGACCUCCUACUUCCCGAGACGCUGGCCGAACUUAGCUUCUCCAUCCUGCGAGCCAUCGUCCGCUCCGCCAACGAGACUCGAAUAGCAGCGUUAGUGGCGUUGGAGAAAUUGGCUGCUACCAUCGCGCGUAUCUCGACGAAGGAGUACCUGGACAUCCUUCUACUUUCGGCUCAUUCAGCCCGCUCUCGAAACCUCUCCCAGGAGUUGCUCCUCGUGCUUCACGAAAGCCGACUAAACAAUCGACCUCAACCUCUUUCAGCCUCCGACAGCUAUCUACAGAAACACAGUCUCGGAAUCGUAUUUGACAGAGCGGAGGAAGCAGCAGACGAAUGCCCAUGCAACGAUGAUGGAAUGCCUCGGAAACAAAGGACGGCACCCGCCCAAGCGACACUCACCUUCAGCGACGACUCGCAAUCCAUGGUCAAAGCUUCUGUCCGGCUCGAUGCUAGAACUACCAUCAGACUGCAUUCGCAUGUCAGGCUGAAGGCAGUGUCGAAGGCAGAAAACAAAUGGCUCACGAUACCAGUUCUCGAUGGGUUGGUUGUCCAGAUGACCAGGGGUGAAUUGGGAGUCAAGCUGAUCCAUCCAGCCCCACCCGAACUCGAGCAGAUGCAAUGGGUGAUCUAUGAUGCUGGCGGUGUAGCCACAACGCAAGCGAUGCUGGAUGCCCUGCUAAGACUUAUACUGGAGCAGGAUCAAGCAUGCGCGUUCUACCACUUGAUCGUCGGGGCUUCAGUCGAUUCUGUCCAAGACGAAUCUGGAUCAGAAGGACAAGACGCAGACCCACCGGAAGAAAGCGACAAAGGAAAAGGGCGAGAAAGUUGCGACGGCGAAGAGAGCGACAAAGAAGAUGAUCCUCAGACUGGAGUAACCGACGACGACGAGAUAACCCCGGAUGACGAUGAGAUGGCCUCGGAUGAUGACGAGGGCUUCGUUACGCCUGAUCCUGAGGAUAUCGUUCUACCUGGUGCCGAGAACCUCAACGACAGUCAACUGGAAGCUAUCGCCUCCUGGAAUGCUUUCUUGUCACUUAUCUGGGGUCCUCCUGCUGUUGACAACGUUCUCGAGCGCUUCCUACGAAUUAAUAACAACGAAGGAGAGAAACUUAUCAACGACGACAAGAUUCUUCGCGUUGCGACGGAUCAAUCGAGAGUUGGAGAUGCCCUACUUCCCUACACCGUCGAUGCUCGGGUCGGAGGUGACGUUAACCAAAAUCAAAGAAGGAUGAAGGAUGCAGAGCGAAGGGUCAAACAAGCCAAGCUCAUAUUCACGACAUGCGCAGUCAAAGGAGUGAAGAGGGCGAUAAUGGUUGGCGACCAUGUUCAACUUCGACCUACGGUUGGGAAAUAUGGGAAGAUUCUCGAGUACGACGUCUCCUUGCUUGAACGUCUCUACUCCGGGGAAGACCUUCCAGGGUUGAAGAAGACGAUGUUGAAUAUCCAGUACCGAUCUCCCCGGGUGUUAAAUGCCUUCCCAUCGAAAGAAUUCUACGAAGACAAGCUCGAGACAGCGCCCCAGAAUGAAGGGAAGCUAGCGCCGCUUGAGAAUCUCCAGUUCCCCUGGCCUCGGGAACGCGCAGGUGCAAUCAUUCCGACAAUCUUUGUUCCUUGCUCGAUAGAGGAAGAUGUUGGUGGUCGAUCUAAAAGCAACGAGGGGCAGGUCAGCCUCGUGGCACGGAUCGUCAAGUUACUCAAGCCCAAAGAGAAAGCACCGGAGUCCGAGGAGGCAGGAACUUCCGAGGGGAAAGAGGACGCUGAGGAGCAGGAGCCAUUGGAGAUUACCGUCCUCUCGCCCUACAGAGGUCAGAACGACAAACUUCGACACAAGCUUCGCAACAUUCCAGUUUCGACGGUGGACGGCUUCCAAGGACGUGAAAGCGACAUCAUUAUCUUCUCCACAGUCCGCUGCAACGCCAACACGGAGAGUACGAGCGCAUCCAUUGGCUUCCUCGACGAUCCGCGCAGGUUGAACGUGAUGUGGACGCGCGCGAGGCUAGCGUUGAUUAUCGUUGGAGACAGGCGCACUCUUUCAGACAAUUCCGAACUCUGGAAACGAGCUAUCAGCGCUUGCCAAGUUGUGGAAAUACCAGACGAUCAAGAGUAG